AGAGAGAGAGAGAAAGAGAGAGAGAGAGAGAGAGAGAGAGAGAGAGAGAGAGAGAGGAACACAGACAGAGAUGACAGAAAGUGACAGAGGUGAGUUGGAAGAGAAUUGAGAAAAGAGAUGGGAGAAAGAGGGAGAGGGAGGAAUAGAGCAAGAGCAACAUAAUCUGCCACAGACCACACGCACGCAAACACGCACACACAGAUAUCAGGAAGUAGUCUGUUCCGUGCUGACUGUGCAGGGUGCUGUCUUGUAUGUAAGCAGAAGAGUGUGCAGCGUACGUCAGUGUGUGUGUCUGCCGACAACAGGUUGCAAGUAUGACCCUCUCACCUCAAAUCUAAGGAUCUCUCACCCCACUGGACAGACACAUGGACACACAGCUACACGGACCAACACCAUGGGCUCAAGAUUAAAAGAAAACCCUGACAGCACCUUCUACUGGUUCUUUGAAGCAUCUUGUCCAAUCGCAAAUGACAAAGAUCCUGACGUGUUGUUUCAGUUUCCUGAAGACUUCAGUGAUGAGGAAUCCCGCCAGACCCUACCAAGGUUCUGCUUUCCCUAUGACAUAGAGAGAGUGAGAGAUGUGGUAACAGUGCAACACUUCACCUUUGUGUUGACUGACUUGGAGGGAUGCCAACGCUUCGGCUUCUGUCGCCUCACCAGCAGCUCGCACACCUGCCUCUGUAUGCUUAGCUACCUACCUUGGUUUGAGGUGUUUUACAAACUUCUGAACAACCUGGCUGACUAUCUGACCAAGGGACAGACCAAUGAGAUGCGAGAACUGCUGGGCGCCCUCUACACACAUCCCCUGCCAUUGGCUGUCGGCUCUGUCACUCUGCAGCUGGGAGAGAAGCUAUUGGUCAGGACAGAGAUGCCCCGCCCUCCUGGACAUGCCCCCCUCACCCCGGGGAAGGGGCAGGAAGGGGUCCCGUACUUCAUCGCUCCAGACCCCAGAGGACUCCCUUCCAUCCCUGAGAGUAGGAACCUGACAGAGUUGGUGGUAGCGGUAGAUGUGUCUAACCUCCUCCAGCUCUAUGCCAGCAUGUUGUUUGAGAGACGCAUCCUCAUCCUCUCCAGCAAACUCAGCACAUUGACAGCGUGUGUUCAUGCCCUCAGUGCUGUGCUCUACCCCAUGUACUGGCAACACAUCUUCAUACCUGUCCUGCCCCCACACCUACUGGACUACUGCUGUGCUCCGAUGCCCUUCCUCAUAGGAGUCCACUCCAGUCUGACAGAGAGAGUGAGAAGCCGGGGGUUAGAGGACGUGGUGAUUCUGAAUGUAGACACCAACACUAUAGAGUCUCCCUUCGAAGACCUGAAGAAGAUACCAGCAGAUGUGGUAUCAGGUCUGAAGCUGUGUCUGAAACGUCAGGCAGCGUCAGCAGGUGUGGGCGUGGCCAAGGCCUUCCUCAGGGCUCAGGCUCUGCUGUUUGGAGGAUAUGGAGACGCUCUGAAGGGGAACACGAAUGGUCAGAUCAUGUUCUGUGAGGAGGUUUUCCUGGACCACAGGUCUCCCAGUAUGAGACAGUUCCUACAGAGUGCUGUCCAUCUGCAACUCUUCAAACAGUUUAUUGAUGGACGUCUGGAGCUGCUGAACAGAGGGAUGGAGCCAGACGACCUGUUUGAACAGGAGAUGCUACAGUGUGGAACAGCAGAAGCAGGUGUGUGUCUGUCUGUCUGUCUGCGUGUCUGUCUGUCUGCCUGUCUGUCUGUCUGUCUGUCUGUCUGUCUGUCUGUCUGUCUGUCUGUCUGUCUGUCUGUCUGCGUGUCUGUCUGUCUGUCUGCGUGUCUGUCUGUCUGUCUG